GCAAAGAAUGUCCGCCCUAUGUUCCAUUUUUUCUCGCAUUCGUACAGUCUGAUUGGAUAAAAACCGUGAAGGACAAGUUAAUUCGUUCAUCACUCUCAUCUCCCGGAAAAAAUCCACCUUUCACGAAAAAUUUGGAACAGGCGCGGCCCGAAGUAGACCGGUGAUUGUGGAGGGCUUUCAUUGCUCUUUUCCCUCUGUGUGUUUUGAACAUGGAACGAGACGCUAAGGGGAUGUGUCCCUUUGUGGAAGAUAGUUUCAGCCGCUUCUCGUCACAGAGUAACAUAUACGGGUUGUGCCAGGCCGAUGACCAGGACCUGCUUGCGGCAACACUUAAAGGCAAAGUUGUAUGUUUCAAGUAUCAAGAUUUCCGACAAAAAAUACGUCCAGUUGCCAAAGAAGUACAGUUCACCUAUAUCCCAGUUGAUGCAGAGAUCGUGUCUAUUGACUCAUUCAACAAGUCCCCGCCCAACAGAGGCCUGGUUGUUGGGAUCACAUUUAUCAAGGACUCUGGUGAUAAGGCUAGCCCAUUCCUCAACAUCUACUGUGACUAUGAACCGGGGUCAGAAUUCAACCUGGAGUCCAUUGCACAAAGCUGUUUGAACCUGGAGCUACAGUUUACCCCCUUCCAACUCUAUCACACUGAGAUACAGUGUGCUGAUGGCUGCUUUGAAACUGUAUUUCUGCUGAGUGGGCAUGACCAGCGCAUACACCUAUACAAAGAGAAUGCCUCACUGCACCAAUUUGAGGAACACCCAGUGGAGAGACUCUUCCCAGAGCUGCAGGAACUGCCCAGCAAUGUGCUGUGGCUGGAUGUGUUGGGUAUACCUGGUGGUCGGCGGCUCUCUGCAUUUGGCUGUCAGAACGGCUGUGUGGGGCUUGCCCUGGUGGAGCAGACUGGACUUGAGGUUCUGCAGAGCUGGCGACUGCAGCAGGAUAGUCCAAUCUCCACUGUGCUGCUCUUUCCACUCCGCUCUCGACCGGAACCAGAACCAAACCCCGACACGGAUAGAAAAAGCAACAGUGAGAGCUACAAUCUGCUGGUGACCAGCACUCUGGAGGUAGCUGUGGUAUACAGGGAUGUACAAGUGUGUGGGAUGAGCCAGCCAGUCUGCCUCCAGGAAAGUGAUCAGUAUGACUCUGUACUCUGUUCACUUGUCACUGACCUGAACUUCGACGGACACAGAGAGAUUCUACUGGGCACCUAUGGACAGGAGCUGCUGUGCUAUAAAUUCAACCAUUCAGACAGGCGGCAGGGCUUAGGGGCAAAGGAACACUUUGAGCUUCUGUGGAGGCGGAGCUUCAAGAGUCCUCUGCUGUCAGUCACCUACCUGGACCUCACUGGAGAUGGGCUUAGGGAGCUGGCCAUUCUCACUCUCAAGGGGCUGCAUAUACUGCAGCACAGUCUGAGUUGGACUGCUGAUCUGGUCCUUGAGUGUCUGACCAAGAGGCUGACACUGUUGCACAAUGAGCCAGAGACCCAGGCUGCCACUUCUCAGAACAGUGAAGAGUGCACAGAUAAAGCCAGAGACUGCUGGGAUCCAGAGACGAAGGAACAGGACAUCACUGGACUUUAAUUUGUGCCACUCAUUUAUCAGUUUUCUCUUAAUUUCAUUGUUCGCUGUCUGUAGUGUUUCAAGGCAAUCCCCAUGCCAUUUACAACUAUAUUGAAGGAUUUCUUAGUUUUGCUAAUAAUGUGUAACUUAGACUUGUGUUUAAACAAAACAAAAUAUUAUCUGUACAAUUGUGCAAAGUUAAAUGUUAAACUAUUUUUGUUCUCCUGCUGCAGUUCCUUGGCUGACCACAGGGAAGCAAUGUUGGAUCUGUUUUGUUAAAGCCACUGGCUAAGUAAUGGUGAAGUCUUUUUUCUGAACCUACAGAUUCUGUACAAGUGAUAUGAAACAGGAUAGGAACCGUUUUAAUGAGAACAAUGUGUGAAAUCUGGGAGAGCAUAAAUAAGAAGCCCAUGUAACAAAAUGAGAAUAAAAACCACAAUUUUAACCAGCACAUUUGAUGAUAGUUUUCCAUACAAGAUAUAACCACUUUUAAGAAGUAUAAUGAAAUAUGGUAUAAUGAUGUAUUUAUUUUCAUGAAUAAUGUCAUAAAUGCUGCAGUGUAAUCAGAUAACAUAUAAAUCCAUAACCAGAAAA